AUGCUACCGAUGCCGGGCGCGCCUUCAUCGUCGUGGCGGUUGUUUGUGAGCCGCCUCAACUCUAAGUUCGAGAAUGCAUCGAUCCGGGUCUGUCUUGCCUUUUGGCUGUUCGGCCUCAUCAACAACGUCUUCUACGUGAUCAUCCUCACCGCCGCCCUCGACCUCGUCGGACCGUCCAUACCCAAAGCGACAGUACUUCUAGCAUGCAUCGUGCCCGGACUGGCGACGAAGAUUGUCACGCCCUAUGUCAUACACCUGAUACCGUACUCUGUAAGGACAGUGAUAUUUGCGUUGCUGUCAACAUGUGGCAUGCUGGCGGUCGCCCUCUCGCCGAACACUACAGACGCAUUCAGUUUGUCCAGUAAGCUAGCUGGCAUAGUUGUCGCAAACAUAAGUUCCGGCGCCGGAGAAGUGAACUUCCUCAGCCUCACACAUUACUAUGGGCACCUCAGUCUAGCAGCGUGGGGAUCAGGCACUGGUGCAGCAGGUUUGAUCGGAGCUGGUGCCUAUACUCUCGCGACCACGACGUUUGGGGUCAGCGUCCAUGCGACACUACUAUCGAGCACCGUGCUGUCGGUGGUCAUGCUGGGCAGCUACUUCAUGCUGCUACCUCUGGCGCCGUUGAAGGGCGCGCGCCGAAAAGAGCGAGGAUACGAACAAGUGGACCGCGAGGAGGAUGUGGCAGCGACAGAGCACCCCGAAUCAGCCGGCUUGCUCGCGCAAAGCGCUGCCAGAUCCGCCUCACCAGCAUACGGACAACAUCACACCUGGAUGGCGCGAGCAUGGAUUGAUCUCAAAGCGAAGCUCGUGCGAGCCAAAGGCCUGGUCGUGCCGUACAUGGUUCCAUUGUUCCUGGUCUACCUGGCGGAAUACACGAUCAACCAGGGCGUUGCACCGACCUUGCUGUUCCCACUCGACGAGUCGCCCUUCAAACACUACCGAGCAUUCUACCCAACCUACGGCACAAUCUACCAAGUGGGAGUUUUCAUUUCGAGGUCUUCACUACCAUUCAUCCGCAUCAGGAGCUUGUACACUCCGACCUUCCUCCAAGUUCUCAACCUAGUCGCCCUCGCAGGACACGCUCUGUUUCCGUUCAUCCCAACAGUCUGGUUUGUGUUUGUCGUCAUUUUAUGGGAAGGUCUACUUGGUGGUCUGGUCUACGUCUCGACAUUUGCUGCCAUCCGCGAAGACAUAGCGGACGAAGAGCGAGAAUUCAGCCUUGGAGCGGUCACUGUGAGCGAUAGCGCUGGUAUCUUCUUUGCCGGUCUGCUAGGAGCAGGGAUGGAGACGGCGCUGUGCAACUGGCAGGUCAAUCACGGAAGAGACUGGUGCAGAAAGCUUUGA